GAGAAAACAAGGAGAAGCUUGCGAGUACUCUUGUAGGGCAAAGAAACGGCAAAGUGAGAUAUAGAAGAAGAGAUGGCCGGAGGAGGUUUGGGAAGAUGGCAGGCGGUGGCGAUGGCCGUCGUCGCUAGCUUUGCGGUUGUUUUUCCGAUGAUCUGUGCUGCCACGAGUCAUACAGUCGGAGGCUCGACUGGGUGGACCAUCCCGCCAAACUCCAGUUUUUAUCCAAAUUGGGCAUCCCAGAACAAAUUGGCCGUUGGAGACACUCUCGUGUUCAACUUUCCGACGGGCGCUCACACGGUGGUGGAGGUGCCGAAAUCGAGCUACGACGCAUGCUCCACCAAAAACCAGGUGGGCGCGACGCUAUCCACCGGCCCCGCCACCGUCACCAUCAACUCCGCCGGCAAGCACUACUACAUCUGCAGCGUCACCGGCCACUGCGCCUUGAACCAAAAGCUCGCCAUCACCGUCUCCGGUGGCUCUCCGACAACGCCCUCCAUCCCGCCGGUGGCCAGUAACUCGCCGGGAGACGCAUCGAGCCCCACGCCUCUGCCGACGGCAGGGGGGCCAUCAGGAAGCUCCUCUGGUGGCGGCAGCUCAGCGGCUCUGCCGGCCUCGAUGGUGGGAAUUCCGGCGGCAGCGGCUGCCGGACUUCUUCUGGCGGCUGCCCUUUGGUAGAUGAAGUGAAGAGUUUGGUACUUUUUUGUGCUUGUUUUAUGUAGUUGAUACAGUGAUUUGAUUUUCCUUUGGUCAUAGAUUGAGAUUUGAAUUUCUCCUUCAGUGUAUUCUAUUAUUUGCUUCUUGUAAUAAGAGGAGAUAUAGUGGUGAUUGACAUUUA